CCCGCGAUCUCCUUCCUGACACCAGCAGCGUUCCGGGGUCCCGUCCAUUCCGGACCCCUCAAAUCGCCGGCCGAUUGACAACCGAACCGCUUCGUCGCUGUUAAACUAUUUCGAGCUCGAUACUGUGCUUGAUGGGUGGACCGUUGUUCUCAUCAACACCUACUCUUUACUCCCCCGUGUCUUCCUGCUGACCAAUACGCACCAUCACCUGGAUGCUGUCGAGCCGUUGUCGUCGCCAUCGGCCAAGCCCUCUUUACCUCCGCGGCUACGUUCAUCAUGAGCUCUGGCCCGUCGAAUCUGGGAGGCAAAUCCCUAUCGUCCUCGACGCCGCAUGCCCCGAGCUCCCAACCCAUCUCCGUCCCCACCGCGAGCUUCGAGUCCAACUCCCGCCGCUCCGGCCCGUCGAACCUGUCAUCCCCGAAUUCGGCGCCGAGGAAGGGACAAGGGUUGAGGAAGCAGCACCGGAACCAGCGAAGGCCAUUGAGAGACGCUGGCCAGCCGGACGAGGAUGACGCGAUGGACGAGAUCCGGGCCAUCCGAAACGCCUCAAGCCGCCGAGGGCAGACCUCUAUCACCCACCUUCUGAACUACUCCGUCUCCGCGCGCCACUAUCACGACUACCCAAGGUCAAAUCGCAGACACCCCACUUGGGGACCGGGCUCUGGUAGCCACUCGGUCGACAAGGCUAGGUUCGUUCACGCCAACUAUCGUUUCGUGGUUUCGCCGACCGGGGACUACUCAUCCCAAGCUGUCGACGCCGAUAAGUAUCUCGAGUGGUCCGAUGUGCUCCAGAUAAUCGCCUCUGCUGAGUCCCAGAGCACCUCGUGCCCCAUCUGCCUCUCCGACCCGGUGGCGCCACGAAUGGCGCGUUGCGGCCACAUAUUCUGCUUACCGUGUCUGCUGCGUUUUAUGAACUCGACGAAUGACGACGAGCCGAACCCGCGAAAGGAGGUGCGAUGGAAGAAAUGCCCUAUUUGCGAAGAUUCGUUCCGACUCUCCGAGAUCAAGCCGGUGCGCUUUUACGCCGGUCAAGAGAACCCUCUGCCGACGCCAGGGCAAGACGUCGUGCUAAGGUUGAUGGUGCGCGACUCGAAAUCUACCCUGGCUCUUCCGAACGAAGGAGGCCCGGACGUAGCAAACUUGGGAGAAGACAUUCCUUGGCACUUCGCCGCUAACGUGAUGGAUUAUGCUCGGAUCAUGAAGGGAACAAGCAGCUACCUCGUGAGCCAGUACGAUAGGGAGGUAGAGGACUUGCAGCGUCAAGCACAGGAAGACGUAUUCCAGUUCGGGGUUGAGGAUGGAGACUGGACCCAGCGGGCCAUUAAUGCCAUCAAUACUGCAAAGGAAAAGGUGCAGGCCCAGCCGAACGACGAGGGGCUGACAUCGUCGAUGAGCACCCUCAAAGCGAAGCAGCCGGCCGGCCAAAAGUUUUAUUUCUACACGGCACCUCCACACCUCUAUCUUUCGCCUCUAGAUAUUCGGAUUUUGAAGACUAUGUUUGGCGAUUUCUCAAAUUUCCCCUCGACCCUGCUUCCGUGCGUCGAACAUAUCUCGACCGGCCACGUGGUGGACGAUGCUUUGAGAAAGCGAGCCAAGUAUCUAGGGCAUCUUCCCCACGGUUGCGUUGUGAGCUUCCUCGAGUGCGACUGGACGGACAUAGUGCACUCGAACGUCCUGGAAACGUUCUCGGGCGACUUGGAGCGUCGCCGCAAGCUACAUCGCGAUAAGGCGGCACAAGAAGAACGCGAAAGGCUCCAGGCCGAACGCCUCGAGGCCUCGGCCAUCGGUCGCAGUACUCGACGGCACUUUGACGAGAGUAACGAGGGCAGGUUUGAGCCUACACCUGUCAUGAACUCGGAUGAUUUCCAGCCACUUGUUGCGGUGGAAGGCACAGCUGGUACAACACCUCCGAAACCCCGUCCGGGAUUCGGGCACCUAGCGGAAAUGUCGACCAGUCCGUCGACCUCGAAGACCGUAUGGGGAACGCGGGCAAUUCCUGCGUCGCCCGAAUUGGCCCCUGUGCCGGAGCGCGAAGUCCACGACGGAUGGCUCAAAGCGGAAGAAUUCCUGGGGGUACAUAUGGAGGCUCUCAACCUCGACGCUGAUAGCGCCGGCCCAAGCGACGGGACUGGCACUGGUGGUGGCGGUGGUAAGAAGAAGAAGAAGAAGCAGAAGAUUACAUUGAUGAGUACGGGGAGUCGACAUUGCGGUUGAAGAAGCAUGCGGGUCUCAGCUGUCGCCGGACUUAUGCCUUUCUUCACUGCCCUAUCCAUCGGUUCCAAAAUUGGGCAUUAUGGCAGCUUUUGUUUCGAUUGGAUUGUCCUUCAACCGUGGAAUGCGCCCUACAUGAAUGGAGCUGGUCAGCUUCGCAUUCUCAAGUCGAAAAAAGCAGGUGAAAGGAAGGCCGUGACGGCUAGACAGUGAGGAGAAUUCUGGUUCGGCCGAAGUCUCCACUCCGCGUCCCAACGGUAGAUUCUGAAGGGAACAUGACGGCACGGCAGCAAGGCGUAUAUAAACUUGGUAGCGAUCUAUUUGACAUCAACGGCAGCCCGCCGGGGGAACGCGUUAUCAGAUAUAUCUCUGAGAUUACCGGCCCUUGUAUAAACUCAUAUCAAUACGUUGACUAAGUGAUAGAUAGACCUAGGCAUAUUUUUCUGUAUGGAAAAGGAGAGAAGAGAUGGAAUUGGGUGGCCCGGCUUGACUGGCUUAUCUCUCUCUUAUCUCGGACCCCGCUGUCAUUAUAAAUAAAUACCUACCUGCUUGCCUGUCUA